GUCAGACAAGACUAGAGCGCUUCAGUUCUCUCUUAUCACUGCGAAAUAACGGUCUCUCUUCAGACUAAAGAUGGCUGAAAAUGUUUAUUCUAACUGUUUAUCAGACCCUAAACCGACAUCAGUGGAUAAAGAUGAAAGGCACUGUUGUGAACGAAUGCUGAAGAAAUGCUCAGUUCUCCUCUUUCUGUCUCUGUUAGCAAAUGGGGUAUUGGUAUACCUGUAUACCACCAAUUCAAUUCUGUUUUGUGAACCAAGAAGACACUGCUUACAUUCAGGAUUGCCUUUAGAUGCUCAGCCAAUCAUGAAAAUAAAUUCCAUGAACAUUAAAAACCAAAGUCUACCAAACUACUGUUCAGAUUUACAAGAGAAGUGGAUCAGAGCUCAGGGCAGAUUCUAUGUAUUCUCUGUUGAUCUCAUGGACUGGAACAGCAGCAGACGACGCUGUCAGGAUCUAGAUGGAGAUCUGGACAUCAUCAACAACGAAGAGGAGCAGGAAUUUCUUUCCAAAAGAGUAAAUGGUGUAUCUGACUAUCACUGGAUUGGCCUGAGCGACAGCCAGACGGAGGGUGUGUGGCUUUGGGUGGACAACAGUCCCUUAAACAACAACCUCUUAUGGGAUUCUCCUCCAGAUGACUGGAAAGUUGAAAACCCUUUGCAAGGUGAAGACUGCGUUAUCUUAAAGGGAGAGAAAUGGGGAGAUGUCUCUUGCAUGAGGAAAGAGAAGAGGAUCUGUGAGAUUCCGUGUUAUAACUAAGUAGUAAUAAAUGUCUAAAUUAGUAGUAAUAAGAUUACUUUUAUCGCUUGUAUUUAGAUAGUUAGCUGUAAACUUUAACCUGUUGUCAUUUCUUAAGCCCUUAAGAAUAAAGGCAUGUUUGCAUGACCUUUCCUCCGCAAUCAUUGACACAGACGGACACUCGUCCAACAGUGGUGUGUUUAAAGGGGAAAUGAAGACACUGCAUUCUUACAGAGUUGUAAUAGGCUGUUGUUAUAUUUUAUGUUUGUAAAUGAAGACAUACAUUUAGUCCCUGUUUAUUGUUGCAUUAUUUUUUAUUUUAUAGACUAUUUUACUUAAUUCUUUUCCAAGAUUGUUUUCUUAAAAAGUCAAAAUGAAGAUUUUUUU